AUGCACGCAGAUAGCAGAGUAUCUGAUGGAAAAUUACUCCUUUAUGUGCUGGUGGGAGCAAUGCCGGUGGAGUCACCUGGGUUCCAUAGUGCUGGCUGGUUCACUGGGCAGGACCUGGAGCAUGGGACUUAUCAAUGCCCAGAUGGCCCACAGCUUGAUGGCCCAUCCCCAAUAAUUUUGACAGCUUCCUGUGGGGCUCUGCACGCAUUGUUCCAGCAGAACCCGUACCCAGGCAUCACCACCAAAGAACGACUGGCCCGAGAGCUAGACAUUCCAGAAUCCAGGAUCCAGGUGUGGUUCCAAAACCAGUGCAUGAGAAAGCUAAAGCAGAGCUGA